CCUGUAUUUAAAAAUGGCGAACAGCAACGUUAGAGUCGGUAAAUGAAGUGUGUGUUUUGGUGCCUUUCAGUCUUUCUGUCUGUCCGUCCAGAGAUAUGAAACGACUUCUGAUGCAUCGAUAGAACCCACACCGAGUCUCAUCAUGAGUAGCAGAAGAAAGCGUGCCCCUCCUGUGAGGGUGGACGAAGAAGACAAGAAGAAGUUGAACUGGAACAUGCACGAUGACCGCAAGCAUGACGUGAUCCCGGAAGAAGACCAGACACCGAGCAGCACUGUUUUCCCUGCUGAACCGACCCCCAGCAGCUCCUUUAUCUCUGCCACAGAGGACGUUCCGGAGGCCGCCUCCACCAGCUCUGUAAGGUUCACAGAGGAACUACCCGGUCCAUCCUCAGACAGCACCUCUACCGCACCCUCCCUGUCACUCACUGUAGAGCCAGCUGUGAAGCUUGGCCACAUCUGGAAAGCGCUCAUUGGGGAGUUCAGCAUCAAGCCCGCGUGGACUCCCUCUGACUAUGAGCAGAGAGCGUUCACUCUGCACAGGAUGGGAGACCAGCUGUGUCUGAGUUACAGCAGCACUGAUGAGAGCUCGGGACAGCAGUGGAGACCUGAUGAGGACACAUGUACAGCAGAGUGCAGCCUCAGUGUGAUCCCGCUGGAGGACCUCGACUGGACACAGAAGAGGAGGGUGGUGCAGCUCUGCCACCAGAGGAAGGAGGGGUUUGUUAAGGUUGGGAUUUACCUGCUGGAAACUGGGCUUGGGAAGCCAGAGUUCCUCGGCGAGGGAAAUGCUCGAUUGAAGAAAGCAAAUCAGCUCAUGCAGAAGAUAAUGGAAUAUUUCUACGAUUUUAUCAUCCCUGAAGUUGUAGAAAACGAUGACGAUGAGUGUGACACUGAUCUGGAGAGGCAAAAUGUGGAGGAGCUCUACGAUUAUGUCCGACAUCUGCACCAGAGAGAAAGCAGUGAGGUGACCUACGACGUCCAGCACAAAGCUCUCAUUCCUGUUCUCAGACGCUAUCAGAGCCAGGCCGUCAACUGGAUGCUGCAGAGGGAGAAAUUCAGGAACUCUACACCUAAAGAACAAACGAUGCAUUUCCUCUGGAGGGAGUUGAUCACUUUGUGUGGAAAGAAGUUGUUCUACAAUCCUUUUACUGGCUGCUUUAUCCGAGAAUUCCCCCUGGCAGGUGUGGAGUGGCCAGGUGGGAUUUUGGCUGAUGAAAUGGGGCUGGGCAAGACGGUGGAAGUUCUGGCUCUCAUUCUGUUUCACACCCGUCAGGACGUGGAGCAGGAGGCCCUCACCCUGCCUGUGGGUAAAUCUGUAAAUUAUUUUGUACCUCCUCCUCCUCUUGAGAGGAAUCAAGUGAAUCGACGCAAGUCAGAACCUCAGCCUAAAAUAAGAAUCUCCCACCCGACUGUGCGUGUGAUGCUCCUCACUGCCAUCAAGGAGAUGAGAUCGGGAAAAGGAGCUUCUUUCAACGCCAUCUUCACCUACAUCCGUGCCACCUACGGUUGUGACCUCUUGAAAAACCGCAACCACAUCAAGAAGACCCUGAUGAAGCUGAUAGACGAAGGCCUUGUUGGCCGGGUGAAGGGUCGAGGAUUGGCGGGGUCCUUUAAACUGGGGAAGAACUACAAAGAAACAAAGAAGACAUUAGCAGCAUCCAAGUUUAGUCCCAAAUCUACAGAGUGCUCGCCCAGGAAAACAUUUCAGAGACGAGCAAAAGAAAAGGCAGAAGCAGCGCUGCAAAACUCUCUCACAGAGGAUCAAACGGAUCAGCUCUUCCCUGAAUCUGAGUAUCUGGUAUCAGGGGGAAAAGAAACAAAGAAGGAAUGGGAUGAAAGUCUGAGCGAGAAAAUAGAUCAGUCAGACGACAAGCUGGAAACGUCCACUACAGCCUCUCAGGUGUCUCAGGAUAAAAGUGAUCCAGAUACACAGGAGGUACCCAGAAUGGAUGAUCUACCUGAAGAUAGUAGAGAAACUCCUCUGCUUGAGGACGCCUGUGAAACCCCGACCAGAGUGUCUGUUUUCCCCUUCAACACUCCAGACUAUCGCUUUGAGUGUAUCUGCGGCGAGCUGGGUAUUAUCGACUACAAGGCUCGCGUUCAGUGUAUGAACUGCCAGCUGUGGCAGCACGCAGAGUGUGUCAACUACAAAGAAGAAAGUCUGGAAACUACACCUUUCUACUGCCCUCACUGCCUGGUGGCCAUGAAACCCGUCUCCACCGGGGCCACCCUCAUCAUCUCCCCGAGCUCCAUCUGCCAUCAGUGGGUGGAGGAGAUCAACAGACACAUCAGGUCCUCCUCGCUGAGAGUGCUGGUUUAUCAGGGCGUAAAGAAGCAUGGAUUCAUCCAGCCACGCAUGCUGGCUGAGCAGGAUGUGGUCAUCACCACCUACGACGUGCUGCGUUCAGAGCUCAACUACGUGGACAUUCCUCACAGUAACAGUAAGGACGGACGACGAUUUCGUAACCAGAAGCGCUACAUGGCCAUACCCAGUCCUCUGGUGGCCGUGGAGUGGUGGAGAAUCUGCCUGGACGAGGCUCAGAUGGUUGAGUGUCCCACGGCCAAGGCUGCAGAGAUGGCUCUGCGUCUUGCGUCUGUUAAUCGCUGGUGCGUCAGUGGUACUCCUGUGCAGAGAGGCUUAGAAGAUCUGUACGGUCUGGUGCUUUUCCUGGGACUUGACCCAUACUGGGUCAAACAUUGGUGGGUCCAUCUGCUUUAUCGCCCUUAUCGUCGUGGAAACACAGAGCCCCUGUAUUACGUCAUUGCUCAGAUACUGUGGAGAUCAGCAAAGAAAGAUGUCAUUGAUCAGAUCCAGAUUCCUGCUCAGACAGAAGAGGUGCACUGGCUCCACUUCUCUCCCGUCGAGGGUCACUUCUACCACCGCCAGCACGAGGUCUGCUCUCAGGACGCUCUGGUCAAACUCAGGAAGAUCACCGACUGGAGCCUGAAACUCGGCAGCCUCGACCGCCGCACCGUCAACACCAUCCUGUGCCCGCUGCUGAGGCUGCGCCAGGCGUGCUGCCACCCCCAGGCUGUGAGGGGGGAGUUCCUGCCUCUACAGAAAAGCACCAUGACCAUGGAGGAGCUCCUGAAGUCCCUGCAGAAGAAAUGUCGAGUGGAGUGUGAAGAAGCUCACAGACAAUUGGUGUGCGCACUCAACGGCCUGGCAGGAAUCCACAUCAUCAGAGAUGAGUUCGUGGAGGCGGUGGAGAUGUACAGAGAAGUGCUUCGUUCAUCAGAGGAGCACAAAGGCAGACUGAAAACCGAUUCUCUGCAGAGGCUUCAUGCAACGCACAAUUUGAUGGAGCUGCUCAGUGCAAAGCAUCAUGGGAUACCUCCCACGCUAAGAGACGACAGACUAAGUGAUGAGGCGGAGCAGCUGCGACAGCACUACAUGACCAAAUACGACUCUGAGGUAGCAGACGCUCUUCAGGCGCUCCAGCCGGUGCUGCAGAACAUUAAAGAGCUGAAACGCAAAGUUAAUCUGAGUUCUCCGUGGUGGCUAGAUGUAAUCCAGAAGGCGAUCCGAGGCUCCACUGGGGAUGACCUGGUGUCCCGCGUCAAGAACGAGCUGACGUCCAGCUACAAACAACAAGCUCACAAGCUCUCCAUGGCAGACAAGUUUCGGGAUUCUACAGGUCUGCAGUUCCUGCUCACAUCACAAAUGCAGGAUCUGAUGAAGUCUCAGAAGACUGUACGGGACGCGGUGAAGAGUCUUGAAGGCCCGGCUUCACAGAAAGUGAUCGAUGAGGCAACAAUCUGUCACCUCAGGCCGAUGAGACUCCCACUCAACAAUUGUGUUUUCUGCAAAGCUGAUGAACUUUUCACAGACUAUGAGUCCAAGCUGUUUUCUCACACGGUGAAGGGUCAGACGGCCAUCUUUGAAGAGAUGAUUGAAGAUGAAGAGGGAUUGGUGGACGACCGUCUCCCCACCACCAGCAGAGGUUUGUGGGCAGCCAGCGAGACCGAGCGCACGCUUAAAGCCAUCUUGUCUUUCGCCAAAUGGAAGCGCAUGGACCCGGAGCUGGUGGAGGAGGGCAACACGUUCAUGGAGCUGUUUGAGAACUGGAAGAAGGAGUACAAGGUGCAGCAUGAGUACUGGAUGGUGCUGAGGAAUCAUGUGUCGGCCAUCGAUGAGCUGGGUAUGGCUACAGAGAGGCUCCGUGUUCGUCUGCCCGACGAGCCAAAGCCCAAACUGCUGCACAUCAUCGAGCCACAUGAGGUGGAGCAGAAUAGAGUGAAGCUUCUGAACGACCAGGCGGUGGCUAAGUCUCAGCUCCAAAAGAAGCUGGGCCAGUAUCUGUACCUCACAAACCUGGAGAAGUCUCAGGACAAAUCUACUGGAGGGCUGAACCCAGAGCCGUGUCCCAUCUGUGCCCGGCCUCUGGGGCAGGAGUGGGCCGUGCUGACUUGCGGCCACUGCUUCUGUAACGAGUGCAUCGCGAUCAUCGUGGAGCAGUACAGCGUUGGAUCGAGGCGGCGUGCCAUUAAAUGUGCCAUCUGUAGGCAGACCACGUCGCACACAGAGAUCUCCUACGUGUUCACCACACAGUCGUCCAGUCAGGACCAGGACAUACCGGUCAAGGGGAGUCAUUCUACCAAAGUGGAGGCAGUAGUGAGAACGCUGAAGAAGAUUCAAGUGACCGACCCCGGGGCCAAGUGUCUCGUCUUCUCCACGUGGCUGUGCGUCCUCGACAUCAUCGCCAAAGCCUUGUUUGACAACAGCAUGGAGUUCUCACAGAUCAAUGGGAUCCACAAAUUCCAGGAGAAUCUGUGCGCCUUCAAAUAUGAAGAAAAGAUAAACAUCCUCCUCCUUCCUCUUCACACCGGCUCCAACGGUCUGAACAUCAUCGAAGCGACUCACGUGUUGCUGGUUGAGCCAAUCCUCAAUCCUGCUCACGAGCUCCAGGCCAUCGGCCGAGUGCACCGGAUCGGCCAAACCAAGCCAACGUUUGUUCACAGAUUCCUCAUCAAAUCCACUAUUGAAGAAAGAAUGCAGGCAAUGCUGAAGACAGCAGAGAAGAGUCACACCAGCACAGCCAUGAAGCACUCGGAGGCGGCCGUGCUGACGGUAGCCGACCUGGCUGAUCUGUUUACUGAAGACACUGAACAUCUGGAGUGAAUGUGAACACCUGGAUACACCGGGAACGUUUUCCUAAUGAAGAGCGCUCACUCUUUACUCUGAUUUUGCACUUUUAUCUUUUUUAUAUCAACAUUCUUAAAGACUUUUCCAAAAGGACAUUUUAGCAGGUGGACCGACUCAAACAUGUAUUUUAAUUGUAAUGAAUUCCAGAUGUCUGACCUCUUUGGAGCGUUUGUGUAUUUGGCUCACUUGUCAUAGAUUUAACUGACUCAAUAACUUCUGCUCUUCAAGUAUGUUUGAUAAUCAUGUUUGACUAGCCUGUACAUUAUUGUUACCUGUCUUAAUCUAAUGAUACGUAUAUGCAUUUAUAUACAACUUCUGUGUAAGUUAAUGCAAUUCCAAACGGAGGAGUACAGAUGCUAAAGUCACAUCAGUAGUCAAGGUGCUCUUACAACUUUCAGGAAAUAAAAGUCUGUUGAUUGCAGGUUGUGGACCUGUUAUGAGCA